CAUGGAACGGACAAGCUAACCACAACCAAGACUGUCAAAGUAGAGGCGGGAUCUGGAGGAUCUGGAAAAGAAAUCCAGAAGCAUACAGAAACUGUAACGACCACAAGACUGACAUCUCUACCCCCAAAGGGACACAGCAGCUCUGUGAGCAACCAACAGGUGAACAGCUCCGGCUCUGGAGGAGCUUCAGGAGGAGCUGUUCUGCUGGAGAAGAAGAUCAUCUCCCAGACAAGUGCUAAAGGGGGCGCUUCCAGAAGUUAUGUCAUAUCCUCCUCCUCAUCUGGAAGUUCAGCCAGUAGCAGUUCAGGAGCAGGAUCUGUGAUCGGUGGAUUUGACGGAAUAUCUCGUGAAAUCAGUGUAACCGGUCCAAUUAGUAGCUCUACGGUUAAAAGCUCUAGUUCUGUGGUUAAAAGCUCUAGCGGUGUCUCUACCUCCAUCACAACAGUUGGCAGUUCCUCAGCAACAGGUGGAGACCUUUCUUCAGGAUUUGGGUCCGGCUCGUCUUCUGAGUUUGUGUCUGGUUCUUCAGGCGGUUCUGUUUCUGGAGGGAGUAUGAACAUCUCCAGAAGUGGAGGAGGUGGUUCUGGCUCCUCUGCAGUCAUGUCUGCCGGAGGAGCUUCCAGCUCCAUGACUGUCACCAAGUUCAGCUCCUCGUCCCCUAGUGGAACAAGGAAAGGUUUGAAUUACAGCACAGUCCCUACUGAGAGAAAGACCAGUCUGAACCCUUACACUGGAGGAUAUGAGGAGAGCUCCAGUGGCAAUUCCUCCCCUGAAUACAUAAAGAAAGAGUACGUUUCGACAAGCGUUGCCACCAGAGGGCGCACUCAGACACGAGAGAGUGAGAUCAGAGCCAGAUUGCAGAGUGCUUCACCCUCCACUAGAUGGACAGAGCUGGAUGAUGUAAAGAGAUUAUUGAAGGGAAGUCGCUCCGGGAGCAUCAGUCCACCUCGUUCUCCCACCAGCACUCUGCCUAUCCCGAAAAAAGCCAGCGUGGACACGCGCCACGAGAGUCAGUCGGGUUAUGACGGCUCAGUCCUGGACGCUGGAUUCAGUGGAUAUUACACCAACCCAAACAAUCUCAGUUACACCACACUGCAACAACCAUCAUCACCCACAGGUGGCAUGCAGAAUAAUCUGAGCCUCAGCUCGUCUGGCCUUGGUAGUGCAGUGUAUGGGAUGCAGAAUAACCUGUCAACAUCUGGCGGUGCUCUCAUGGCUAAUGGAAUGAGUGUUGGCCAUGUUCCAGUGUAUGGAGCACAGAAGAAUGUUGGCAGCACUGGAAUGGCCUCCAGUAUUACUGCUGUUCCCAGCAGCCCUAUCACCUCUGAUGAUGUUUUUGUGAAAGAUGGCAAGUUUAUUGCGACUGGAAAAGAAAAUGUAGAGACAGAGAGACUGAUCAUGUCCAAAAACACUGGCAAACAGUUCGUCACAUCCACCACCAGUGCUGGAGCAGAUACAUUUUCGGAAGAUUUACUCAAGAGGGAGAAAAAGAUGAUCUCGAGCACUAUGGAAACCACCACUGCUUCCAAAGCCUCAACAAAAGACAAGGCAACCUAUGCAGAGAUCCGUAAAGAUGAGUCUGACGGCACAGGACUGGGAUUCUGUUCCUGCUGCUCGUGGUGGAAGUGGCUUCUGGCAUCGAUUAUUGGUCUUCUCCUUCUGCUGGGACUCCUCUGUGGUCUCAUCGCUCUGGGUGAGGAGGUCAGGAAGCUAAAGGCUCGAGUGGACGCUAUUGAUGGUGGAGAAGGCGCAGCCUCUGCUCGAACCAGUCGUUUAUCCUCCUCCUCGGUGGUCAACAUUGUGGAUCCACUGGAAUCUUCAUACGCCGAGCGCAUCUCUGGUGUCCGUGCCGAUAACACUAUAAACCUGGGUUCAGCACCCACUGCACAAGACCCUGUGGUCCUGCAGAGGACCAUCCAACAGAUCCUCAGAUCUGAACUGCAGUCGGACACCGUUAGAGCAUCACUGGCAACUUCACUUAGGGGUGAGAGAGGAGAACCUGGGCCUAAAGGAGACCAAGGACCUCCUGGAGUUAAAGGUGAACCAGGAUUUCCUGGAAUUCCAGGUCCUCCUGGUCUCAUUGGUCACCCUGGACAGGAAGGUCCUCGAGGACCCAAAGGAAGUUCAGGUGAAUCAGGAACUGAUGGCUUACCUGGGCCGAGGGGGCGGGAGGGGCCAGCGGGUCCAAGAGGAGAACCAGGACCUCCAGGAAUUGGAAGGAAAGGAGAGAAAGGCUCAUCUGGCGAUGUUGGUGCACCUGGGCUAGCAGGACCACCAGGCCCCAUGGGACCAAAAGGUGAUGCAGGUGCACAAGGAGUACCAGGGCUUACAGGAGCUCCUGGACCCCAAGGCUUCCAUGGAGACUCUGGUGGUCCUGGACCCAAGGGUGAUAAAGGACCUGCUGGGCCACCUGGGGUCAAAGGUGAUCAAGGAGAGAGAGGGCCACGGGGUGCCACUGGUGAGCCAGGUCUGGUCGGACCAGCAGGGCCUCCUGGUGAGAAAGGUCUUAAAGGAUCCGCAGGUGCUCCUGGGCCAGAUGGUGUUAAAGGAAUUCGAGGGGAUCAAGGUCCGAUUGGGUUGCCUGGAGCUCGGGGACCAUCAGGGCCUCCUGGAGAUGCAGGAAUACCAGGUGAGCCUGGUGAGCCCGGAAGAGUCAUUUCUGCAGGCGCCAAUACUAACACUGUGGGUAUACCUGGACCACCUGGACCUCCUGGAACUCCAGGUCCUGCUGGACCACCUGGACUGUCAGGUCCUAUUGGUCCUGCUGGUCUUCCUGGUCCACCUGGUUCAAAGGGAGAUAAAGGAGACAAAGGAGAUGACGGGAAGCCUGGAGUCUCUGAGAGUGCAGGGAAGGGAGCUGCAGCUGAACCUGGUCCUCCUGGCCCACCUGGUCCACUGAGACCACCCGGACCGCCUGGUGACAAUGGGCAACCAGGUGUUGGUCAGCCUGGUCCUCCUGGUGAAAAGGGUGAACCAGGAAGCUUUGUACCCACUUCAGGUGAUGCUGGAGUCCCAGGGGCCCCUGGCAUUCCAGGUUAUUCCUACGGUGGAGGAUCCAGAAGUGCUCCAGGACCACCAGGUCCACCUGGACCCCCAGGACCUCCUGGAGCACCUGGUUCCCCGAGUGGUGGCUCACCAGAUGUUGUUCAACAGAUUUCAGACUUCCUCAGAAGUGAACCCAUCAGAGAAUACCUGGCUGGACCUCCAGGCCCACCUGGACCACCCGGACCUCCCGGAUCAGCCUCCGAGGAUGCACUGACUAACCGUGUCCUAGAUUACCUCCAAAGAGAUGAGGUGAGACAGUACCUGAUUGGUCCUCCAGGGCCCCCAGGACCCUCAGGUGUGCCAGGUGGAUAUGGCUUUAACACUCAGGAAGUUGCUGGACGAGUGCUGAGCCUGAUGAAUGAUGCUGGUUUCAGAGGUCUGCCAGGACCCCCGGGUCCCCCAGGACCUCAAGGACCACCAGGAAGCGCUGGAGGAAUAGUGUCUUAUGCAGUGAAUGAAAACCAACAGCAAAUCCGUGCAGAGCCUCUGGAGUACAUCAAGAGUCACCCAAGGCCUUGCGAGAAUUUGGAUUACCCAGCCAUCGCUAAACAGGUUGCAGAGUACAUUAUAUCUAAUGGCCUGUUACGGGACAAAGGUGUUUUGAUAGAAUCAGCAGGACCACCAGGAUUACCCGGACAUCCAGGACCACCUGGACCAACUGGUUUAGGGCUUCCAGGACAAGAUGGUAGGCCAGGGUUUCCAGGACCACCUGGACCUCCAGGAAUCAUUCUAGAACCCAACAACAUGACUGAGAUCAUGGACUAUAUCAGAGAACACCAUAUGAUCGGACCACCAGGGCAGAAAGGGGAUCUGGGACCCAGAGGUGACCUUGGUUUUCCUGGUGUACCUGGUGUACCUGGUCCACCUGGCCCCGAGGGUGUCAGAGGUUUUCCUGGUAACCCUGGCCUCCCGGGCUACCAAGGAGCGAAUGGACAAAAAGGAGAGAAGGGGGAGGCUUCAUAUGUCACUCAGAGGAGGAGGAGGAGGAGGAGGAGGAGCACAAGAAUUUAGACAGACAGCAGUGUGUUUGCCUUUAGAAGCUAAUGCUUUAAAAUGACAUGUACACAUUUUAAUUUAGUCUUUUCUAUUUUUUUUUUGUCAAUGAUUUGUUACCAAAAUAUAAAUAUAUUCACACUCAAUUAACAAGCAUUACAGACUAAAUUCAAAUGUACUACUACAGUUUUUAAAGAAAAACAAAAAAUGUGAGUGCAUGACUGCAAAAUGGGAUUUAAUGUAAUCUGGGGAUAUUGAUGUUUAAAAUUAGCUUCUUUUUUUGUCAUUUGAUGUGCUAAAAAUGCUUUUAUUAUUACAGACUUUCAAUAGCAUCAGAAGUGGCUUGACUUUUAAACUGAGAAAUAAAGACUGAUUUUUUUUCUAA